AUGGUCAACUUCAAUUUAUUCUCAUCACGAAUCAACAAAUCAACAACUAAUCAUGAUCAAGAUCUAUCAAAUCUUACUGAACAUUCUUCUUCUUCUUCUUCAUCAUCAAAUCACAUUCAUCAGCAGACUCACAGAUUGAUUGAUAAACUAAGAUCAUCUUCAACUACUCUCAAAUCAAAACCAAGCUUAUUACAUCAUCCUCAAGCUUUGACUUCUCAUUCUUCUCUCUUAUCACCUUUACCUUUACCUUCACCUUCACGUUCAGCUUCUCAAUCUUCUACUUUCUCUAGAUUUCGUCAAAGAGCUUCUUCUCUCAAACCAUUAUCUAAUCAUCAUCAUCAACUUAACUCAUCUUCUAUUUCAAAUCAACUUGCUUAUCAAUUACCUUCUAUCGAUUUACAAGAAGAAUUGGUUUUAGAUCAUUCAACUCUCAACUCUUCAAAUUCAAUCACCACUACUACUAAUAUCAACAUGUCAUCUCAAUCUCAAUCUCAACCACCAUCACCAUCACUAUCACUAUCACUACUCAAAUCUCAUUCACCAUCUCAGUCUAAAUUCAAAUCACCAUCUCAAUCUAAAUUCAAAUCACCUUCACCAUCCCUACUCAAAUCUCAACCACAAUCACCAUCUCAAUCUGUCUUCAAAUCUACUCCUUCUAUUCGAUCUAACAAUACCAUCUUCUCAUUUCGAUCCAAGUUUAGAGUAGGCAGACGAAAACAAGCAGAUGAACAAUCUAUGAAUCAUCAAGACUCACAAACUAGCGUAUCCACCACACUUCAUCCACCUAAUCCAUCUGUUUCACCUAAACUCAAGCCUUCUGCUUCACUUUAUAGUGAUCCUAGUUUGAUCAAAUCAACCGAUCUCAAUUCAUCUCAAAGCUCAUCUGUUUCUUCAUUUCAACUUAAAUCAUUUCGAAAUGUGAGAUCGACAAGUUCACCUGGUGAAGUACCACUACUGGUGGAGUCUAUUCCAACGACUCCAAAACGACAACAAACCACCCCAACUCAAAAGACCACAUUCACUCAAUCAUCCAACACUCCAACUCAAAAAACUACCUUCACUCAAUCAUCAAACACUCCCACUCAAUCCAUUCGAUCUAGUCCUGUACCUUUGAUUCAAGCUUCACCUAAUCCAAGUUGUACAACUCAAAGUCCUUCAUCUUCAAAACGGAUCAGUGCAGCAGCUUUUAGAGAAGCUAGACAAGCUCGAACCACUUCACGGUCUUCCUUAAACAGUACUUAUUCAGAUAAAUCAUUUCUUCAGUAUGAUCCUCAUCAACAUCGAUCAAGUUAUUGGGCACCUUCUAAUUCAUCAAUUAACCUUUAUCAAGGAUUCUCGAUGCCUUCACUCAUGAAUUCAGGUAGAGCUAUGUCAGAUAUUGGAUUACCUAGUCAAUCCAAACCAUCAUCAUCAUCAUCACGCCAUCAAUCUCAUCAAAGUGGUACGCCUAAACCGAGUCCAUCAGAUCAUUUCAAACGAAACGUUUCACAACCUACACCUAAUUCUGGAAGAUUAUCAUACUAUCAUAAUUCAAAAGCUUUUGAAACCGAAACCGAAACGGAUAUUUUAAUUCCACCACGUCCAGCUUUCUAUGGAUCAUCAUCAUCAUCAUCUACUUCAAGAUCUUCUCACGAUCAAUCUAGUUCUACAACUCCAUUUUAUAAAACUCAAUCGACUUCACAAAGAUCAUUGGUGGGCAAUUCGAGUCAAAGAUCUUUACCGAUUCAUACUUCUAGACCUAUUUCUAGUAUGAUGAUCAAACCUACUAGUAAUAAGAAACUUAAAGAUUUAACACCACUUGAUAAAUGGCAUUCAGAUUCAGAAUCGGAUUCAGAAAAUCCCCAUCCCCCUCAACUAUCUAAAGAUGAUCCUGAAGAAGAAGAUGAUGAAGUUCCAUUAUCUAAAUUAAAAAAGAAAAGUUUUUCUUCUUUAAAGGUUUCUUGUAAUGCUAAACCUUUUGGUUCUUUUAUUCCUCCGAUUUCGAUUACUCCUACUUCUGGUUCUGGUUCUUUACCUUUGGUUCAUCCUCCUCAACAACAAUCACAGCAACAGCAAUCACAGCAGCAGCAGCAACAGCAACAGCAACAGCAGCAACAGUACAGAGGCAUCAGUCCGGCUUCGUCUUCUUCUGGUGGAUCUGCUGGUCCGAUCACUCCUUUGGAUUCAUCACUUGCUAUUAAUUUAAUUAGAAAAGAUGAUGAAUUCGGAUUAGAACAUGCACCAAAUGGAGUAGAUCAAGUUUUGUAUAAUGGAUUAAGUGAAUCUGAUAAAUAUCAAUUACAUCAACCUCAAGCUCAGAUGCAUGCGAUUUCUUUGUCUAAUCAUCAAACCUUUCAUCAACUUACUUCUAAUGAGAUCGAGUUGGGAUUCAAUGGAAUGGGAUUCAAUGGUAAUGGGUUUAAUGGAAUGGGCAACGGAAUGGGAAUGAGCAAUGGGAUGGGCUUUAAUGGGAUGGGUAAUGGGAAUGGAAAGUUGGGGUACGGUAGAGGUAGUCAGUCUUUGAUUGGAAUUAAUGAAGAGUUGGGUAAGAAGAGGAUUAGGAAGGUUUCAGGUGCUGCUAGUGGGAUUGGAAUUGGUACUGUUAGUGGUACUGGCAGUGGAAGUGGGAGUGGGAUUGGGAGCGGGAGCGGGAAGGGCAAGGGAAAUCAUUCGAGUGAUACGAUUACUAAGUUGAAACCUUGA